UUUAACCAUUUUACCAGAAUUUGUAUAAGCUGAAGGUUUGUUACCAUCUCUUCACUUAUACUGGUAAUCUAAGCAAAUGUUAAUCAUUGAUUUGUGCACUUUUUUUAAUCCUGAUUCUAUUCGCUUGAUUAAAAUCAAGGUUGAUUUACAUGGUUUACUCCUUUGAGUCAAUUUGUAAAGGAAGUUCUGGCUUUUUCCGUUCUCCCUUAACAACGGAUCAGCCUGAAAUAUUUAGUUUUUUUAGGGAUAUGACAAAGUGGUUUGGAGAUUUUUUUUGUUAAUGUUGAUUUAAAUUAGUUAUUUAUUAUACUCUUUUCUCUCCCCUAAUUUAUUUUCUCUGUUCCGGACUCAUUUCAUCCUCAGUUUCAAUGUUAGAAAAUCUUGCUUGUAGCUUUGAACAAUCUUCAUCGCCAUCUUCAUCACCAUCCUCUUCUGACUCGACUGAUACAACAUGUUUAUCUUCCAACAACAACGUUUCCACAGUUGACAGUAUUAAAGAUAACAACAAUUUACUCAAUCAUCACAACCACCACCAUCAUCAUCACCUUUUGACCAAGUGCACCUCGUUAACAAUCAGGGAAUGGCAAAUUACAAUCAAAGAAUGGAAAGUCCCAAAGUUGUAUAAAAUUACAGAUGUUCCUGAACAUUUACGUUUCAAUCCUUUUGUUACCAAUGGCUAUCGUUUUUACAAAUUGUCUUUCUGGCAAUCUAUUUAUUCACUUUUCUACCUUCACAAUGAAACUCUCAAUAUAUUAACUCAUGGAGCACCGUUUAUUUAUUUUCUGCUCUUUAUGCCACGACAUAUACCAUGGGACCUGAUAGAUUAUCAUUUUUUAGCAUACCUGCACAUUACCGGUUGUGUUGCCCCUUGGCUUGGAAGUUGUGUUUAUCAUACGUUUAUGAAUCAUCGUUCGGGGGUUGAUCUGUAUCAAAAGCUGCUCAAAUGGGAUGUAAUCGGGAUAUGGAUUACCCAGAGCCUGGGUGCAUCAACAACCAUUUACACGAGCCUCAUACUCUAUCCAUUUUGGUUACAAUUUAUUUUUAUCUUCCUUUAUUCUCUGAUUGCAAUCAGAGCUCUUCAGCAUACUCUUUUAGCCAGUGGGGUUUGGAAAAGGCGACUUGGUUUUGCUAUUUUAGUAGGAAUGCGAGUUUUAGCCUUCAUACUUCGGCUCAAUGCGAUUGAAAUUGGACAAGCUAGUCCUCUAAUCCAUACUAUUAUGCAAGAAAUUUGGCCUAUCAUUGGAGCCCUGAUAUCGGCAGCUCGAAUACCCGAGCGUUGGUAUCCUGGUUAUUUCGAUCUUGCCUUAAAUAGUCACAAUCUACUCCAUAUUUUUGCUGUUAUUGGAGCUAUUCAUAUGCAUUUAGCCACUUGCUCUGAUUUAAUAUGGUUAUCCAAUAUUUCUAAAUUACACGCGCACAAUUAAUUAAAUUUUUCACUGUUAAAAUUGCACGGUUUCCCUUAUACAGCAAAACGUUAACUCAAUAAAACAAAACAAAAAAGUA